AUGAAGAAUAUCUACAAGAAUUUCAAGAAAAGGAGCUCGGAUUUGCCCGUAGAAUAUGAGUUUCCUGCUGGGUCAUUUUUGGAAUUUCAGGUGCAGGAGAAUCAGAGCAAGCUCAGGGCUCUGGAGACCAUGGUAAAUUCAUUGCAAUCCGAGAUUGAUGCUAAAGAUGAUGAUGUCUUGGUUUUGAGGAAAAAAUUCGACAAAAUUCAGGGGUUUAACUUGAAUUUAUCAAUACAACUGGAUUUGAAAAAGAAAAAAAUGGAUGCUGGUACUGAUGUUUUACUAACAAUCCGAGUUUUUGAGGCUAUGUUGAAUGAUUCAGUUAAAUCUUUGCGAUGUUUUACAAAGUUAUUGAUCGAUUUGAUGAGAAGAGCAGGGUGGGAUUUGGAGAAAGCUGCCAAUUCCGUUUAUUCAGACAUUGAUUAUGCGAAAAAAGGACAUUUCCGGUACGUAUUUUUGUCACAUGUUUGCUUGGGAAUGUUUAGGAAUUUCGAUGUGAAUGAUUUUGGAUUAGGUGAUAGUCAAGUAGCGUGUAAUGGAAAUGGUUCAAUACAUGUUGAAAAUAGUACAAUUCAUAAUGGUUAUUUGAGAGAACUAAUCGAACAUGUUGCGAGUAAUCCUAUGGAAAUCUUGAGUAAGAAUCCAAAAUGUGAGUUUUCACGGUUUUGUGAGAAGAAAUACGAGGAAUUGAUUCACCCGAAUAUGGAGUCUUCGCUGUUCAAUAACUUAGAUAGGAAGGAAAAGGUGUUGGAUUCAUGGAAGUCAUUGAGCGUAUUUUAUGAGUUAUUUGUUAGAAUGGCGAGCUCUAUAUGGUUGCUUCAUACAUUGGCCUAUUCGUUUGAUCCUGUGGUAGAGAUAUUUCAGGUCGAGAGAGGUGUAGAUUUUUCAAUGGUGUACAUGGAAGAUGUUUUGGGGAAAUGUAGUUUUUUGGGAAAGACGAGGCCUCAGGUUGGGUUCACAGUCGUGCCGGGGUUUAAAGUUGGAAGGACUGUGAUUCAAUCACAGGUUUAUCUCACUGGCUUAAAGUGUACGGAGUAG